UGGAGGCUGAAUCAGCUUCUGCAGGAGUGCAAUGCAGUGCUAGACGAAGAGCUUUAUACGAUGAAACUUAUGAUGAUGACGAAGAAUACGAGCAGAAUGAAGAGAUAGGAAUGUUGGAAACAUACACUCAAUAUGUGAAAGAUGAAGUUCUUUUGGUGAAGGCUAUGGUGGAUGGAGAAGAAGCUGAAGUUCUUGUCUUCAAGGGAUUUUCUUCAUGCUUGAGUUACAAAACAACAGCAGAUCCAUCAAGAAGUGUUAUUCCUGCAAGGGCAGUCAUCAAAACCAUAGACAGAAUAAAAGGGCCUUUUGAUCCUUCCAACAUCCAAUUCAUUGAAAAAGGAUUGACUUGGGAAGCCUUCAAGAACCGCCUCCAUUCACAUUGACAUUCCUAGACAGUAUUAAGAAAAAAUUUAAAAUAUUUUUACAAUAUUAUUCAGUUAUGUCCAAUAUUAUUUCCUAAAUGUGUAAUGUUUGUACCGAAUUUCAUCCUAUAAGCGUGAUGCAAAUUGAUACAUGCAGCGCCAUGUCUUUCUUUUUGUUUUAGCGAUA